AUGACCGCUUUGUGUCUCUCCUCAGUCCCUUCAAUGAACAGCGUGCGUUAGGUGCAGAGAAUGGCUCACGAGUUUGACCCAGUAUUAAGCCUGGACCCCGAGUCCCACCCUCAUCUGGACGACCUCCCGAUGUACGCGGACGAAGUGGAUCACAUCGAAUGGGAAGAGACCGCAGACGAGCUGCCCAGUCGCUAUCUCCUGGUCUACAACAUCAAACCCUUUAAGGAGCGGAAGCGGCGAGUGUUUUUGCAGGGGGUGCCAGUGACCGUCCAGGUGGAGGGCAUCGAACGUCAUCUGCGCGGGUUUAAGGUUCGUCCCAGCACAGUCUACAUGAUGAGGGUGUCGCACGGAGACUUCACUUGGACCCUGAAGAAGAAAUUCAAACAUUUCGAAGAGUUGCAUCGAGACCUGAUGAGGCACCGGUUCAAAGUCCGGGUCAUCCAGCAACCAUUAGCCAGGUGUGUCCUCAUCACCGGGUCGUACAGUUGCAGAAGAGGCCGUUUGGCCCAUCGAGUCAGUACCGACCUAUCGACAAUGGCCUUCCUGGAUGUUAGUGAGCUGUCCUUCAUUCCAGAUUUGGGGCCCAAAGGCCUGGAGGCGAUGAUUGUGAAGCGAUCCGGGGGUCACCGAAUUCCUGGUCUAAACUGCUGCGGGCGACAUAAAGUCUGCUAUCAGUGGUCAAAGAGGUGGAUUGUCAUAAAGGAUUCUUUCCUUCUGUACAUGAGGCCUUCGAACGGGAUCAUCUCCUUUGUGCUUCUGUUUGACAAGGGGUUCAACGUCCAAGUUGGUAGCAAGGAAACAGGCACGAAAUAUGGAGUGAUGAUUGAAAAUCUGUCCAGGACUCUGAUCAUUAAAUGCAGCAGCUAUAGGCAGGCCUGUUGGUGGAAACAGGAGAUAACUAAUCUGGCUGAGAGACACGCCCAGGAUUUCCUAACCGAGCACCGCUUCGACUCCUUUGUCCCCGCUCGACACGACAUCCAGACGCGAUGGUUUGUGAAUGGCAGUGAAUACUUCUCUGCUGUCGCUGAUGCUUUGGAGCAAGCCAAGGAAGACAUUUUCAUUGCGGAUUGGUGGCUGAGUCCCGAGAUCCACCUCAAGAGACCUGCCAGGAGCAACUACUGGAGACUGGACAGGCUUCUGAAGCGUAAGGCAGAACAGGGUGUGAAGAUAUUUGUGCUGUUGUAUAAAGAGGUGGAGCUUGCCUUGGGCAUUAACAGCGGAUACAGCAAGCGAACGUUGACAGCGCUGCACUCAAAUAUCACGGUGAUGAGGCACCCGGAUCAUGUCUCCUCCACAGUGUUGCUCUGGGCCCACCAUGAGAAACUGGUCGUCAUCGAUCAAUCGUUGGCCUUCCUGGGAGGGUUGGACCUGGCCUACGGCAGGUGGGACGACCAGGACUAUCGCCUGACCGACCUGGAAGCUCCCCAAUCUCAGCCGGUUUGUAAUCACAGCGAAGAGGAGCGUCUUGAGGAACCUGAGGAGGAGAAGGGAAUACCACUCGAGGAGGUGAAGGAAUGGCGUUCUCGCUGCCGGGCUGACUCAACAGACUGUAACGCGGCUGGGCAAUUCUGGCUUGGAAAAGACUAUUGUAACUUCAUUCAGAAGGACUGGGUUGAGCUGGACAAGCCUUUUGAAGACUUCAUUGACCGAAGUGCGACCCCUCGUAUGCCGUGGCGUGAUAUCGGUGUGGUUGUCCAUGGUGGGGCAGCACGGGACGUGGCAAGGCAUUUCAUACAGCGAUGGAACUUCACCAAGACCGUGAAGCCAAAGUACAAACCUUCCUGCUUCCCUUACCUGCUGCCGAAAUCUCACACCACAGCCGACAAUCUUCCAUUCCUCAUCCCGGGCUGUGUCCCAGCUAACGUUCAGGUUCUCCGGUCAGUGGAAUGCUGGUCUGCAGGUUCCAGUGAAAACUCCAUCUACAACGCGUACUUAGAUGUGAUUCGUGACAGUCAGUAUUUCAUAUACAUUGAGAAUCAGUUCUUCAUCACCUGUGCUGAUGAUCGCAGUGUCUACAACCAGAUUGGAGAUGUUAUCGUGGAGCGAAUCCUCAAAGCCCACAGUGCAAAGAGGACAUACCGUGUGUACAUUGUCAUUCCGCUGUUACCCGGCUUCCAGGGAGAUGUGUCGACCGGAGGUGGGAAUUCCAUUCAGACUAUCCUGCACUUCACGUUCAGGUCCAUGUGCAGAGGUGAAUACUCCAUUGUUGAACGGUUAAAAAGACAGAUGGGGGAUGAGUGGGUGAACUACAUCUCGUUCAGUGGACUGAGGACUCACGGAGAACUCAACAACAGCCCAGUGUCGGAGCUCAUUUAUAUCCACAGUAAGAUGCUGAUUGCUGACGAUCGGCAAGUCAUCAUCGGUUCAGCAAACAUCAACGACCGAAGUUUGUUGGGGAAACGGGACAGCGAGAUGGCUGUUCUUGUGGAAGACACUGAGAUGGAGGAAUCUGUGAUGGAUGGUGAAGAAUACCAAGCUGGAAGAUUCGCCCGGCACCUUCGACUCCAGUGUUUCAAGGUUUUUAAGUGUCUCCCCUCGAAUUCUGCUCCAAGCUUGGUGGAGCUGCGAGAGUUUGUGUCUGCGCCCAGCCUCCUGACCCAGGAUCCUGAGAAAGUCCACGAGAAGCUGAGAGGUAUCCGUGGCUACCUCGUUCAGUUUCCCCUCUAUUUCCUGUGCGAGGAGUCUCUCCUUCCCCCGCUCAACAGUAAAGAAGGGAUGGUUCCAUUAGAGGUUUGGACUUGAUGAGGGUGGGAUGGCGUUUGGUUCUUGCUCCUGAGAAUUCAGGCUGGGACCUAUGGACCAAUCCUCACUCCCUUGUGAGUCUGAGCGUCGUGUUUCUAAGGGCCCAUUGUUGGUGGCCAAAUGAAAGAUUACCCACCCGGAGGGAGUGGACAAUAGAGUCAGUUCCAAGACGAUCGAUGGCAAUGAGUGACCGGAAAGGCUCCCUGUUGAGGAAUUGAGAGAUCUUUCAGCUCACUUUCGGCAGCUUCUAAAAACCAGCUUUUGGAAAAUCCUCAAUGUUGAUGCGACGGGGGCAAGGUUUUACAAAGUUUCAGCACAUCAGUCCGCACAACACUAGGAGGUCAAUUCAACCCAGAAGGCUUUGAACCACGAGGUGAUAGACUUUGUUCCUUUUGACGUUACCUCUGUUUCUGUUUGGCAUUACUUUUUGUAGUCACUUUUAUAACCGGCAGAUGUAAUCUUUUAAAGAGCCUCUUCAAUGGAAUCACACAGUCCCUGGAGAUCAGCACGCCCCUCAGAUAGUUUCACCAAACGCGUCACUUCCAGAGAGAAUGGACUUUGGGCAUCAAACUUUGGAUCUUUGGCCUGAUUUCCCAAGGGUGGUUAGAUUAUUAAAGGCCGUUGUUUUCCAA